CUCUACGAUUACCAACUACUUAGCUUCAACCAUUCCUCGUCUCUUCAAAUAUAGCAGAGAUUAUGACCAGCUACAACUAUAUAUUGGUGCACCUACCAGAAACAAUGAACAACACCAAAUAAAUGAAGUUAAGAUGACUUUCUGUUAAGUAAUCCCGUUUUAAAAUCUCUUUUUAAUCUAUCGUAGCAUUUGCUCCCACCCUGAAGCAGCAGGAUACAAGAUUUCCAGGGAUUUGUUAAGUUUGGAGGAUCAGAGUUUAUGAGUUAAUAGAAAAUCAUGGGGCGCGGAAAGAUUGAAAUAAAGAGGAUAGAGAAUAACACAAACCGCAAUGUGACCUUCUGUAAACGCAGAGGCGGUUUGUUGAAGAAGGCCUUCGAAUUAUCCGUCCUCUGCGAGGUAGACGUUGCUCUGAUUGUCUUCAACACUCGAGGAAAGGUCUACGAGUAUUGCAAUAAAGAUCCACAGAAAAUUAUUGAAAAGUACAAGAGAACUACUAACAACGGUGGCAGCGACCGAAGCGCAUUUCAAGAGAAAUUGGAAGCGGAAGAAGCAAAUCUGAGACAACAAAUUGAAGUUUUGACCAUAACAAAUAAACACCUGGUGGGUGAGAAAAUAGAAAACAUGAACCGUAAGCAACUUAGACUCCUCGAGCAAAAAAUUGAUAAGGCAUUCUCUAAAGUGCGAAAGAGAAAGGAAGAGGUAAUGCGUUACAGGAUUAACUUGGGAAAAGAAAAGGAAGACGUCAUAAAGCAAGAGAAUGACAAUAUUCGUCAAUGGAUAAUGGAAAAGGAAUGCUACCAGAGGACAAACAUGCUUCUAGCCCAACCUGAAUAUGAUGUGUUGCCAGCUUACGGGUCUCAGAAUUUCAAUCAUGCUAAUCUUAUAUCUGCUGCUAACCACUUUGCAAGUCAGGAAAAGACGACCCUUCAAUUGGGGUAAAGUUGAAGGCCUGGUUGCAUGAAGUUUCUUGGACACAUAUUUUAGUAUCCAUUGUAUAAAAUGUUAGUACAUAUUUUACAUUGGUGUGAAUGUCACAGUAUAUUUUACUGUGCAGUGUAUCAAAUCUAGGUAUUUAUUUUCCUGUGGUGUGAUGUGACUAGAAAAGUUUGUUAACAUGCCAUUAUGAUCUACUCAGCGUUUUUUAAAUUAGACUAUCAUACAGAUACCUUGGCAUGGCAUUUAUUCAUUUCCUUGCCCCCUCAACACUUUAUUAUUAUUAUAUCUAUCAAAAGAAGAUCUAUAUAAUUGUCUUUUAAAUUCCCUUUC